CAAAGACAAAGAAAAAAAAGAAAAAGAAAAUAAUAUCAGCCAGCCAGCUCUUCCCCUGACAGUGAUGUUCUGAUUGAUCUAUUAUUACUAUUACUGUAUUACUACUAUUCAAUUCAUAAUUUCACAUGCGCAGAAAAUUGGAGAGUGUUCUUUCUUAUAGGCAGUAGAUACGAAGAGAGUAGGAGAACGAGGUGAAUCAAUCUGACAGUGGAAUAUGGGGGAGCGGGGGAGGGGAUGCUGUCCGCCAAUGGAUCUGAUGCGGUCGGAGCCGAUGCAACUGCUCCAACUCAUCAUCCCCGUCGAGUCCGCCCAUCUCGCCGUGUCUUACAUCGGUGACCUCGGCCUUAUCCAAUUCAAAGACCUGAAUGCAGAAAAAAGCCCCUUCCAGAGAACAUAUGCUAUUCAGAUCAAAAGAUGUGGAGAAAUGGCACGUAAAUUGAGAUUCUUCCGGGACCAAAUGUCAAAGGUAGGGUUGACGCCUACAGCAAGAUCUGCCACCCAAGCUAUUACCAGUUUAGAUGACCUUGAGGUUAAACUUGGAGACCUUGAAGCAGAGCUAGUUGAGAUAAAUGCAAAUGGUGAGAAGUUACAGCGCUCCUACAAUGAACUAGCAGAGUACAAGCUUGUGCUUCAAAAGGCUGGCGAAUUUUUUAACUCUGCCCUGAGCAGUGCUGAGGCCCACCACAGGGAGUAUGCAUCAAACCAAGGUGGGGAGUCCUUGGAAACUCCCUUAUUGUCUGAGCAGGAAACGUUUGCUGAUCCAUCCAAGCAAGUUAAACUGGGAUUUAUUACAGGACUUGUUCCCAGGGACAAGUCUAUGGCAUUUGAGAGGAUUUUGUUUCGAGCUACCAGGGGUAAUGUGUUUCUGAAGCAGGCUACAGUGGAUGAGCCCGUCAUUGAUCCUGUAUCAGGAGAGAAGGUUGAAAAAAAUGUAUUCGUAGUCUUCUUUUCUGGAGAAAGGGCUAAAAACAAAAUUCUCAAAAUAUGUGAAGCUUUUGGAGCAAAUCGUUAUGCUUUUACUGAGGACCUGAGCAAGCAAUCUCAAAUGAUCACUGAGGUCUCCGGCAGACUAUCAGAGCUACAGACUACAAUAGAUGCAGGACUUGUUCACCGUGGAAACUUACUUCAAGCUAUUGGAGAACAAUUCGAGCAGUGGAACCUCUUGGUGAGGAAGGAGAAAGCUAUUUAUCAUACUCUGAAUAUGCUGAGCAUUGAUGUCACCAAGAAAUGUCUUGUGGCCGAAGGGUGGAGUCCUGUUUUUGCAACAAAAGAGAUUCAGGAUGCACUGCAUAGGGCAACACUUGACUCAAAUUCGCAGGUUGAUUCUAUUUUCCAAGUCUUGCACACACGUGAGAUGCCGCCAACCUAUUUUCGAACAAACAAAUUCACUUCAGCCUUUCAAGAGAUUGUGGAUGCUUAUGGAGUGGCCAAGUAUCAGGAAGCAAACCCUGGUGUAUUCACUAUUGUCACAUUCCCAUUUCUUUUCGCCGUGAUGUUUGGAGACUGGGGGCAUGGGAUAUGCCUUCUACUUGCUACAUUAUAUUUUAUUAUCAGAGAAAAGAAGCUCUCCAGUCAGAAACUUGGAGACAUCAUGGAAAUGACUUUUGGUGGACGCUAUGUCAUUAUGUUGAUGGCUCUGUUCUCAAUUUACACUGGGUUGAUCUAUAAUGAAUUUUUCUCCGUGCCAUUUGAAUUAUUUGCUCCUUCAGCAUAUGUAUGCCGUGAUCCAGCUUGCAGGGAUGCUACUACUGUGGGCUUGAUCAAGGCACGAGACACUUACCCAUUUGGGGUGGACCCAGCAUGGCAUGGUACACGCAGUGAGCUGCCUUUCCUUAAUUCAUUAAAAAUGAAAAUGUCAAUCCUACUUGGAGUUGCGCAAAUGAACCUGGGAAUAAUAUUAAGCUAUUUCAAUGCCCAAUUCUUCAAGAAUAGCCUAAAUACAUGGUUCCAAUUUAUUCCCCAGAUGAUAUUUUUGAACAGCCUCUUUGGCUACCUUUCUGUCCUUAUCAUCAUUAAAUGGUGCACAGGAUCCAAAGCUGAUUUGUAUCAUGUGAUGAUCUACAUGUUUCUAAGUCCAACUGAUGAGCUUGGUGAGAACGAGCUUUUCCCUGGUCAGAAGACAAUUCAGAUUGUGUUAUUACUAUUGGCUCUUGUCUCGGUUCCAUGGAUGCUGCUUCCGAAGCCUUUCCUUCUGAAAAUGCAACACGAUAGGCACCAUGGAGAGUCAUAUGCACCCCUUCCAGAUGCAGAAGAGUCUUUGCAAUCAGAAGCAAAUCAUGAUUCCCAUGGUCACGAGGAGUUUGAAUUCAGUGAAAUUUUUGUACAUCAGCUCAUACACACAAUAGAAUUUGUGCUUGGGGCAGUCUCAAAUACAGCUUCAUAUCUACGUUUAUGGGCUCUCAGCCUUGCCCACUCCGAAUUGUCCAGUGUGUUCUAUGAGAAGGUUCUUCUUCUUGCAUGGGGGUACAACAAUAUAAUUAUCCUGAUUGUUGGCAUCAUCAUCUUCAUUUGUGCGACUGUUGGAGUGUUGUUGGUGAUGGAAACACUUAGUGCCUUCUUGCACGCGUUAAGGCUUCAUUGGGUGGAGUUCCAAAAUAAGUUCUAUGAGGGAGAUGGAUACAAGUUUUAUCCAUUCUCAUUUGCUUUGCUUGAUUACGAGGAAGAAUGAAACUACACGACAGAGUUACAAUUGGAAUAAUGAUUUGGUGGUUGAAUUUGCAUGAAUGUGGAUGUGUUUUCUUGAUUCUUUCAUUUGGAUUUGAUGCGUAGAGGAGGCCGAUAUAAUUUGCAUGCAUGGAAGUAGAGGCUUUUGCGUUUGAGUGCCUGGCAAACAAACACCCCCGACCUGUAUCAUUUGCAAUUGAGAGGAAUAAGCAGGCUUAUUUUGAGGCCUGAGUUUGCUAUGUUAUAUCAGCAAUGACGUACAUGAUGUAAUUUAUCGUUUUAUUAUUUUAUUUAUGCAGCUAGCAUGUGGACCUUUGUACUUGUAAGCAAAAAGGAAAGAUUUGACAGUUUCCUGUUUUCA